AUAAAUAAUUAUUCAUUCAUAAUCUGUAAUUGUACCAUUUAUCUUUCUUCCUAUUUGGGAUAGUAAUCCUGUUGUAAAUAUAAUACAAUUGUUUAAACGUAUGUAAAUCAAAACAUUAAUUUUGAUAGGUAUACUUAAAAAAAGAUUCUUGGUGAUAGAUUCGAAGCACUUACACUGAACAUCGCCACCGUCCAAAGCAAAAAAUCAGCAAUCAAUUUACCUAAAUACGUAAGACUUUCAUUACCAUUAUGAAGUUAUAUUUGAAAGUGUUGGUUGGAUUAGCAAUAGUAGUUGCGACAGUUUUCACACAAAAUAAUAACUGCACCCUGACGGGCAAUUCCUUGAACAAUCUUAACUCUAUUCAGCGACAAUGCACUGAGAUUGUAAUAGAAAAUUUCACAGUGCCUGCAAAUCGAACUUUAUUAUUAAGAUCACUUCGAAGUGGUACUACAAUAACUUUCAAAGGAAUCAUAAGAUUUGAAUAUGCAGAAUGGGAAGACGAUCUUAUUGUGGUCUCAGGCUCAAACAUCACUGUCAUAGGAGAACCUGGACAUCAAUUCGAUUGUCAUGGCGAAAGGUGGUGGGAUGGACAAGGUGGAAAUGGUGGCAAAUCAAAACCGAAAUUUUUCCGCACGACCAACUUAAAUUAUUCAACUGUCACAGGGUUGAACGUAAGAAAUACCCCGAAACAUGUUUUUUCCGUUACCCACUGCAAUCAUGUCGUGUUUUCGAACAUCAUAAUAGAUAAUUUGGACGGGGAUUCAAGGGGUGGGCAUAAUACUGACGGAUUUGAUUUGAACGAAAAUAAUGAUAUAACGAUUCAAAACAGUCAAAUUUUUAAUCAAGACGAUUGUUUCGCGAUCGGUUCGGGAACAAAUUGCAACUUUUUUCACAACCACUGUUCCGGUGGUCAUGGAAUAUCCAUCGGUUCCGUUGGUGGCCGCAGAAACAACGUGGUCCAAAAUGUUCACGUUAAAAAUUGCACUGUGGUUAAUUCGGAAAACGGAAUUCGGAUUAAAACCAUUGUUAACGCAACAGGCCAAGUACUUGACAUCAAGUAUGAAGAUAUAACUAUGAGAAAUAUUACCAAUUUUGGUAUAGUGGUACGAGGCGACUAUCGAAAUGGCGGACCCACUGGGCGUCCCUCAAGGGGAUUUACUAUUAGAAAUUUUACGUUGGAUAAUAUUUAUGGCAGGGUACAACAACGUGCUGUCAAUGUCUUCGUACUUCUUGCAGAAGGUGUAGCCUCAGAUUGGAAAUGGACAGAUGUCGAUGUCACAGGCAGCAGACGUAGCAACAUCUCGUGUACUGGAGUCCCACCAAAUUCAGGAGUUCAAUGUUAAACAAUAUUAUAUUAUACUUGUACAUAUAUGUAUAAAUAGUAAAUAAAUAUUUUAUGAAUGUUUUAAAAUACGA